AUGAGCGAAUCGACUUCCACUGGCGUUCAGGAUCAAUUUCCCAAGCUCAAAGAGCUUUUGGAGGCGAUUCCGGAGACUGUGAGUUUAUGGAUUUGAUGAGGAUCAUGACAGUUUUGUUUGUUGCAGAAACCGCAAGUGUUCAAGGUCCCGAAGCUCGCCGAAGCGCCGUCUUUGAAGCGCAAGAGGGAUGCGGCGAGAGCGGCGUGUCAGUUGAUGGUUAGUCUAGACACAUAGAAGCCUAAAAACCACGAAACUUUCUAUUUUUUUCAGCGCGUCGCGCCGGCCUAUCAACUCGGAAGACCCCCUCGCAGAGCUCGCGUCUUCAAGCCCCCAAAUCUUGAAAAAGUGCAUCAGAAGCCGCAGAAGCCUAUCGUCAAGAUUCCCGAGACUAAGGAGGAGCCGAUGUCCACGUAG